GUAUUAGAGCAUCAGUUUAGGAGCCUCUUUAUUUACCCUUAGUUUAGUUUAGGUGUAGGCAUUACUGGGCACGCUGAAAUCGGAUAACACUAAAUUGGACGGUGCGCAAAUGGCAAAUGUUUUAGCUCUGCGGUGGCAGUUGUAACCCGAGAUUGAGGGAAUAUAUGUCAAAAAGUAUGCUUUUCUCAGAGGACACUAUCGCAAGGCUUUGCAUGGUGUCCAAGGCACUCACUAGAAUCUGAGUUUUAUUUUUUAUUUAUUUUAGUCGUGCAGUUUUCUGCGAUCUCGUUUCCCCCGAAGUUCUUUUGCGAAUUUUAUUGCAGCGGAGAGAGCGAUAAAGGGGUUAAAGAGAGUAAAGCGGGGAAAGUGAAUCAGUAUGGAAGAAAAUGAUCACGGCAACAGAGAUGUGGUGGAGCGGCAGGAGUCGGCGGAUGAGUCCAACAGAGCCAUCCUUCCACUGCUACAGGCGCCGGGGAACCUGCAGAUCCCUCACCGGGUCACCAAUUUCUUCAUCGACAACAUCUUGCGGCCGGAUUUCGGCCGGAAAAAGGACGGGGGCGCAAACCGCGAAGAGAGUAGCCUGGCAUCGUCGCGGGAGAGCCACAACAGCCCCGCCGCGCCACAGACCGAGCCGGUGGGGAGCACGGUGCCGGCAGAGGGGACCUCCACUCCGCACACGGUUACCGGGGCCAAGAAGCCCGCUAUAGCCGCCGAGGAGCCCCUGAAACCCCGCGGGGAGAAUGGAGACCAGUGCCUAAGCUCAGACUCAGACAGUUCCCAAGCCAGCUCAAACCCAGCCGCGACUCAGCCCAUGCUGUGGCCAGCCUGGGUCUACUGCACCAGAUACUCGGACAGGCCUUCUUCAGGGCCAAGAUCUCGCAAACCAAAGAAGAAAACGACCAGCAAAGAGGACAAGCGACCACGGACGGCCUUCACAGCAGAACAGCUGCAAAGACUAAAAUCGGAGUUUCAGACAAAUCGGUAUCUGACGGAGCAGAGGCGACAGAAUCUGGCGCAGGAACUGGGCCUGAACGAAUCCCAGAUCAAGAUCUGGUUUCAGAACAAGAGGGCCAAAAUCAAGAAGGCCAGCGGCAGUAAGAACUCUCUGGCCUUGCACCUGAUGGCACAGGGACUGUACAAUCACGCCACCAUCACGUCGAAAGACGAAAAAUCAGACAGCGAUUGAUUUCCAGAGAAGUAACAGCAGCCUCCUGACGAAAAAGAACCUAUAGUAAUCCUAUGAUAGAUUUUUAUAGAGAUAUCACAGAAAAAAAACUCUACUUACAGGAAUAUUUAAGGAUGCCACAGCAGAUAAAAUACCACUAUUACUCAGUGCUGACUCACACAGUUGGUUCAGGACACCAUAAGAAAUAAAAAUAGUCCAAAAGGAACAAUAGGUCACUACUACGAAGAGUCCCUACAGGAACUUUUAAUGACACCAUAGGUCUCUAUAGAUUCCUAUGGGAAUAUUAUAGCGAUUUUUCGUUAUAUGGGAGGUUUAAUCAAGCCUACAAUGCAAUAAUUUCAUCGAAUAAAGGGCCAGUGUAUAGAGUAUACCAGCAUAAAUUGUUUAAAAAAAUAAUAGAGAGAUAUUUCUGCAAUAUCACGUCUAUAAAAGAUGUUGUAUAAAGGUAUGUUUUCAUUGUUUGUUGUCCCCGCCCCCCCAGGAGGUACAAAUGCUUACACCCUUCAUUUUUAUAUACCGUAGGAUUACUGCUAUCCAUGAUUGUCAUCAUUAUACAUUUAACUAACUGGCAUUUGACGUUUCGAUCUGUCAGUGAAGUGAACAAACUUAAGUCCAAAGAAUAUUUUUCUGCUGCAUCCAGGCUACUGUGAAUUUAAAUAAAUGCUAACAACGGUUUUUAUUUCCAUGCUUGUUGGUUUUCUUGGUUUGUGUUUGCUGUAAAAUGGAUAGAAGGUGGUGUUGCGUGCAGUUACAGGACUAAUUGGGCAGACGAUGAAUUUUGAUACCUUUGUGUUUUUUGGGUUUUUAAUUCACAGCAACAGUUUGGUAAAGGUGAUCGAGAGAGGAUAGGGAUUUUUUUUCUAACACGCCACUUAACUAAAAUGCUAAGUUAGGCCUUGCUUCUAUGUUUGUGGUCGUCUCAUAGCCUUUAAACAAAUAUGUGCGUAUUCCCUUCGUUAUACCAAUGCAUCAGUGCAGCUAUUAUAGUUUUAAAUAGCAAUAUAAAUCAUUUUUUGUAGCUAAAUGAAGGCUAUAAUGCUGCCUAUUAAGUCACAGAAACAACUCUGUAGCAUAAAGACAAUGAUGACAACCAUUUUGCGCACUCUUUGAGUAUAGACUUUAAAUGCAGGUUAUUGGAUGUUCUUGUUAAAUCUUUCUCUAUAUACAUUUUUAUUACAUAUCCAUAUAUCAUAAAAAGAAGGCAAAUCCGUCCGUGACUGUAUUACAAAUGUUGGAAAUCUCUUAUCGUUGUUGAAAGGACUUCAUAUGUGUAUUUAUAUAGAUUAUAUUGAGAAAAAAAUCUAUCCAAUGACCAGUGUUGCUUUAGAGUAGAUAUCUGAGGUGUUUACACUGCUUGUUUAUCUUGCAAUAACUUCUUUUUGUUUUCUUUUUUUGUGAAUGAAAAAUUGUUUAUGGGGCCUUUGCAUGAAAGCUGCAAUUUGUUGUACUUGGGCAAAUAACUGUGUUUAUAAACUUUGGUCAUUACCUACGAAAGUAUGAUCGAGCUAAGUUUUAGACUGUAUCCAUACCAAAUUGUGGACUUUUUGCCUUUCAAAGUGUUUUUGUUGUGUAUCUGCAAAAAGUGUGUGUGAAUUAAAAUCCACCAAACAGAAACACACUUUGCCUUAAAGUUCAAGUGUGAACUUUUUAUGAAACAGAACUGUGCCGAAUCAGAGAAGCAGUAUUACUUCAAAUGCAGACUACUCAAGUUUAAUGCCUUUAUGAAAACUGCUGGUACGACAUUAUGAAUUUACUCAUCAGCGUAUAUCUAUCUAUAUAUGAACAUGUUUAAAUGAAAUUACAACACAGAGUUGUAGAAUACAAUGCUAUUUUUUAUUUUAUGUUGGAAGUAUUCUUUGGUAUAAAUGUACAUAAUUUGUAUCAUGUAUUAAUUGUGUAAUUAACUGCCUCCUGAAAACUGCAAAAGAAGAGUAAAUAAACCUUGAA